AUGGAGACACAAACAAUCGAUGUGGAUAACAUCAUCGACAGAUUAUUAGAAGUUCGUGGUUCAAAACCAGGUCAACAAGUUGAUUUAGAAGAACAUGAAAUUAGAUAUCUAUGUUCAAAGGCAAGAUCUAUAUUCAUUAAACAACCCAUUCUACUUGAAUUAGAAGCUCCAAUUAAAAUUUGUGGUGAUAUUCAUGGUCAAUAUUAUGAUUUAUUACGUCUAUUCGAAUAUGGUGGUUUCCCUCCAGAAUCUAAUUAUCUAUUUCUAGGUGAUUAUGUUGAUCGUGGUAAACAAUCCUUAGAAACUAUUUGUUUAUUAUUAGCAUAUAAGAUUAAAUAUCCAGAAAACUUCUUUAUCUUAAGAGGUAAUCAUGAAUGUGCUUCCAUUAAUAGAAUAUAUGGGUUUUAUGAUGAAUGUAAGAGACGUUAUAACAUUAAAUUAUGGAAAACUUUCACAGAUUGUUUCAAUUGUUUACCAAUUGCUGCUAUUAUUGAUGAAAAAAUUUUCUGUAUGCAUGGUGGUUUAUCUCCAGAUUUAAACAGUAUGGAACAAAUUAGAAGAGUUAUGAGGCCAACAGAUAUUCCAGAUGUCGGUUUACUUUGUGAUUUACUAUGGUCGGAUCCAGAUAAAGAUAUUGUAGGUUGGAGUGAAAAUGAUAGAGGUGUUUCAUUUACUUUUGGUCCAGAUGUUGUAAACAGAUUCUUACAGAAACAAGAUAUGGAAUUAAUUUGUAGAGCUCAUCAAGUUGUUGAAGAUGGUUAUGAAUUUUUCAGUAAGAGACAAUUAGUUACUCUAUUUAGUGCUCCAAAUUAUUGUGGUGAAUUCGAUAAUGCAGGUGCUAUGAUGAGUGUAGAUGAAAGUUUAUUAUGUUCUUUCCAAAUUUUAAAACCCGCUCAGAAGAGUUUACCAAGACAACAAGGUGGUAGAAAGAAGAAAUAA